GCUGCUGCCUCUCAGCGUACAGAGCAGCCUUCAGUGGACCAGACUACCUUUAAAACAUAUGUUCUUUCUUCCUCUUAACGCACAUUAUUUAUCCCAAAAUAAUCUUUAAUUUUAGCUUUUUUCUAUAAGGACAGUAAAAGAAGGCGAAGAAGAGCCAGAGGACUUUUAUCCAUCUCUCCUGCUGCCUGCGUUCACUCUGCUUGUUAGCUUUUCGCCAAGAGAGUUUUUUUUCUGCGGCCUGAGGAAACAUGAGCUUUCUUUUUGGAAACCGUGCAGCCAGGACGUUCAAGCCCAAGAAGAAUAUCCCGGAGGGUUCUCAUCAGUACGAGCUGUUGAAACAUGCAGAGGCUACGCUGGGGAGUGGAAACCUGCGCAUGGCUGUCAUGUUGCCUGAGGGGGAAGACUUAAAUGAAUGGGUUGCUGUCAACACUGUGGAUUUCUUCAACCAGAUCAACAUGCUGUAUGGCACCAUCACAGACUUUUGCACAGAGGAGAGUUGUCCAGUCAUGUCUGCUGGUCCCAAGUACGAGUACCACUGGGCCGAUGGAACCAACAUCAAGAAACCCAUCAAAUGCUCGGCUCCCAAGUAUAUUGAUUACCUCAUGACCUGGGUGCAGGACCAGCUGGAUGACGAGACACUUUUCCCUUCAAAGAUCGGUGUUCCCUUCAAGCGAAACUUCAUGUCCGUGGCAAAGACAAUCCUGAAGCGCCUAUUCAGGGUCUACGCUCACAUCUACCACCAGCACUUUGACUCUGUCAUGCAGCUUCAGGAGGAGGCUCACCUCAACACAUCCUUCAAACACUUCAUCUUUUUCGUUCAGGAGUUCAACCUCAUCGACAGGAAAGAGCUCGUCCCACUUCAGGAGCUGAUUGAAAAACUGACAACCAAGGACAGAUAAACGGCGAUGUAAUCCUUUAUUUUAUUGGUCUUCUAGUUUUUUGCACAGAUACCCACCCCCACCCUGGCUGUAUGUAUGCA